GGCCUUCAAGGCCAUCAAGCGCGUCUACCUGCGCAUGCUGAAGCGCAAGCGGGCUGCCUACGCGCAAGCCAACGGGGGCGAAGAAGACUCGGCCGCCAAGGGUGCUGCUGAGGCUGCUGGGGCGGGAUUCCUCGCUGCCCAUUGACGACGACACCACGGUACCCAUGCUACCUCUCGAUAGCAUUCCAUUGCCAAACGGGCAGCUCAGCGUUGACAACUACGAACCGGUCGAGAUGGAGGUGGACAGUGACGAUGGGACGCAGACAUGCACUCUAGAAGUGGCGGCUGGGAGUGACGACGAGGACGAAGAAGCUCUGCGUGCUCAGCUGCUGCAGGCAGUGUUGCAGAAGAGGCGGCGCAGGUCGAAGCCACCCGAAUCCCCACAGCAGCAGCAGCUUCAACAGGUUCAGCCUCAGCCACCGCAACAGUCCCCUCAGCAACAGCAGCGUGCCAACCACCGUACACCUUUGUCACCGCUGAACGGCGCAACUGCCCUUACCAUGCCGCCGGUGGAGCCCAAGGAAAUCAACAGGACCGCUUCCCCCAAUGGUUUGCCACCAAAGACUGCCACUCCACCUGCCAUAUUUGCCACACCGAAAGGAAGACAAGUGCCAGACGCCGCAUUUGUGGAAACGAAAUUGACGGAACCAGUGGUCAUCAACCUCGGCAUGGAUGACACGACGUCCGAGGAAGAAGACGAAGAGAGUGAGGCUGAGGAAGAGCCUCUUCCACCCAUUGAGAACAGCUUCUCACUUGGCCUCGACAAACUUCUCAAGGAGGCUCGUCAGCAGUCUCAGGUUCCACCCGCUCCAAGCGUGGCAGAGGCCGCACCGCUGGCAGCCACACCAGUCUCGGUGAUGAAGCUCUCCCAGGCCCAGCAGUUGGAGUACCGUCGUCUCAAGGCCGAGAUCGCUCGCCGAGAGUUGCGCUCGGUCAUGGGUGGUGGGGACAAGCUGGACGCCGCCACGCAGCAACAGCUCAACAGGGCCCGGCGUCUGAAACAGCAAGCCUCGGCCAAGCGAUCACUGGAGGCACUGGAGAACACACUGCACACGGAAAGGAAAGCACUGCGCCUCGAGGGCAAGCGCAUGGAUGCCCUCAAAUCCGAGGUGCUGACCAAGAAGUCUGCUGUGCGUGGCACCCAUGUCCGAAUUCAGCGGCUGCGAGAGCAGCUGGCAACGCUGGAGCGCCUGGUGGCCGGGCACGACACGGGCAUACGCAAGGCCAACCUACAGCUCCAGGCACUGCAGAUGGCAAUCGACAAACGGAAGGGCCACAUUGAGAAGCUGGAAAGCCAGUGCAAUCAACACGGCAAAAUUGUGUACGGCGACAAGUACCAGCUCCCCGUGACACCCGAGGGCGCGGCCGCAUCCACAACAAAGCGCAAGGUCUCGAUCUCGUCGCUGCAACAGGUAUGCCAUUGGAAGUGCCUGCUGCAGCAGCAGAUCACCGAGGUUGACGACCCCGAGCUCGUGGACUUGGAGCAGGACUUCCGGUACUUUGACUCAUCGCACCUCGGAACGGCCGCCCUGGAGCAACUCGUCAUCGACCAGCCCCACAACGUUGAGCUCUGGUUGCGGCUUGCCUAUCGACACCUUUACGGCAAGCACAACAGCGACGAGGGUGACCCCGAAGCCAGGCUGGACCAAGCGCUGAACGUGUUCUCACAAGCGCUGGAGAGCAAUCGGUCGAGCCCCGAGGUGUGGCGUCUCUACCUGGGGUGGUACGCAGCACACCCGACGUGCUCCGACCUGGACUACCUGUGCCACAAGGCGCUGGACUACUGCAGCCACAACUCCGUCUGGUGGAAGUGUGUGACGCUGGUGGACAGCCUUCCCUCCAAGUGCCAGCUGUGCCAGCAGCAGCUGUACAACCUGACCCAGGGGGUGUCGGACGGCAAGCAGCCGGACUCGCAGUGCGUCCUCGAGGUGGUGCUCUAUUGGGCGCAGCUGUGCGCCGUCGCCGGCAACAUGCCACUCGCCUACCUCAUCCUCAAGACAUCCGUCAAGUCCAUCAUCAAGUUCGAGCACUUCGUGGAUCCGUCGGACUCCGGCGAGCUCCUGGACGUGACGACACGGGACAUCCUCCAAUGUGCCAACAUGCUCCUGUCGCCCAGCGACCUGUGCUUCCUGUGGCUCUGCUAUCUGCACUUUGUCGAGUUCCGGUCCCUGCCGGCCGGACUGUUCUGCGUCGAACGUGGAUCCGUCGGUCGGCUCUGCUCCACGGACUCUUUUGAGAUCCCCUGGGACCGGAACGAGGGGCUGACCCAAUCGCCUGACAUUCUGCUCUGUGCCUUCCACGAAGCCGUGGACGAACUCGGUGGACCCGACAAGUGUGUCGCCCUGUUCACCAGCCACUUGAACCUGCUUGUAUCCCAGUCCAUGGGAUCGUCCGCCGUGCAGCUCUGCAACGUAGCCAUGGAAGACAAUCCGGGUUGGUCCGACGGCUGGCUUCAGCUUGUCGAGCUCUACAUCAAGGCCGGAGACAUGGAGGAAGCCACUAACGCAUUGCAGAGAGGCCUGUCGCGGCUACCUACUGAUGCACGCCUGUUGUUCAAAGCGGCAUCGGGAAACUUUGACUUGCCAAGCGAUGUCAUUCACGAGCUGCUGGAGAACUUCGUGGCCCACUACUUCCAGACCGGCAACAACAUAGUUGGUCUUCAGCGAAACGCCAAGGAACCCUGCAUAUCAUUCCCGAAGCUUGUGGAGGAAUGCGACAGUCAUGCCGUGUACACGCGGCUCAACUUCAUUGAGCUGUUGAAGCUGUCGGGAGCAUCCCCCCGGGACGUGUGUGAACUGUACGAGAUCCUGCUGACGGUGUCGGACACUACGUCUGACGUCCAGCUUGCCUGGUGGUGGUACUUGAACUAUCAGCUCGAGGCCGUCGUCCGCCGAGACGCUGGCUCCGCAGACGUCGUGAGCGGCCUCGUGCAGCGCUGCCUCGAGAGCGUGCCCACCCGGCGCCACCUGCCCGCCGAGCCGAGAAAGAUGUGGAGCGACUUCAGCUUCACGAACCACAUGCUCAAUCUUCUCGCCGCUCACAUGACUUCGCCUCGUGACGCGGCGGACCUGCUGUGGUCUUACCUGCAGGAUCGGACUAAGCCGAACCCAGCACUGGUCCAACGAGUGGUGGAGUUGUUCCUACAAUCCGACGACCGGGACCGGGCCGAGACCGUGCUGCGGGCAGCCCUUGUGCCGGGCCUCCAGUCCCUGCGGCUCUGGCAACUAAGUAUCCAGCUGGCCGCUACUGAAGGAGACAGCUAUGAGGUGCACCGGUUGUUUGAGGCUGCUGUGCUAAGCAUGCCAUACCAUGCUGACCUCUGGUGCCACUUCCUCAUCUACGAGUUGACCCAGGGUCAUGUGGAGCAUGCGCAAAAGGUCGUCGAGUCGGCUUCCAAGUACCAAGUGCCGGGUCCACAGGAAAUCCUGGACAGCUUCCUUGCCAAAGAACUGACUGAAGAGGAUGCACUGAAACGACUCGGCGUCUUCCUACUGCCGCCGUGAAGGUUGCGGCAAGCAGGUGUUCCAAGACACGGGGGUCGUCAGGGGUGUGCUUUAAGACACCCCCCAUAGGCGGCCUCUUGUAAGUACGUUUGCACCAACAGGGUGUAGUUGAACAGAACUCCCCACUUCCCUCACCUCCCUCCUUCCCUCCCACCCUCUCCCCCACUCCUGCCCCCUCCUGUCUCUUCUACGUAUGCAUCCAUUGUCAUUUGUCAUCGUUGGGUCUUCCUCCAUGACCUUUGCCCUCUUCACACCACUUAGCUCUGGUGUUAGGUUCUGGUCCCCCCUUUCUUCCUUCUUUUUAGCUUUUUUUUUUUUCACUUUGCUUUUUCUGCCUCAUUCUCUUGUGCUCCACAAAAGCGGGCAGCGAGUUUUGGCACCUAAACCCACCUUUUUAAAACUUUAGUUUUACCUCCGGUCAUUUGGCAAGGACUCACUGAAAGUUGAGAGGCCAGUUUGUGACAGUCUUCGCACUUAUUGACUGCCUAUGUGUGCAUGCAGAAUAGACUUAAGUAUCUCUGGACGAUACAUCCAUGCCUUUUCUUUUUUUUUUUGCUUUUUGCUUUCCUUUUACACAGUAUUUCUGUCACUCAUUCACUUCUCUGCCUGUGCAAAGCACUCGCGUCGGUGCUCCACACGUGCGACUUGUUCGUCGCAGUAUUUUCAACGAGAGAAGUUUUAUUCCGCGGUCUUCCCGCACAGUUGUGCCGCGAAGGUGCGGGAGAAAACAAAAAAUGGUGGCUCAAGGAAAAAAAGCAAAACAGUCGUCGCCGGUCCGUCGGAGAAGUGUGGGUAGUAAUAGGGAAUAGAAAAAAAGGAAAGGUGUACGUUCUUGAACAGCGGAGAUGUUCUCAUCAAAGGAAAAGACAGAGAAGCGCUAAAAAACGGACGUGGCAUUGAAAACGGAAGUGGACAACAUGUCGUCGUCGCCGUUGUUAUUUCUUUUUUUUUUGGCUUCGGCAAGCAACGGAUCGGAUCAGCUCCGACAGCGACGAAGCAUCGUACUGCCUCCUCGACAACGUGCAUCUGUGAUAAGACUGUUUUUUCCUGACGGAGUGAACCAUUUGCGCCCACCGCCGUGCCAAGAGGGGAGGGUAUGGGUGAUUCGUGCACAAUUUCUCGUGUGAUUGCAUGGCAGGGAGCGGUGUGGGCCCGUUUUUAGCAUGACACUUGACUCCCAGUUGAGAUUGCAAAUAAUUAGCCAAUUAUUAAUUUAUUUGCUACUGAGCCUGUAAAUAAAACACUGUAGUAGUCCUCGUUUAAACCAGUGCAUACUGCGGUACCUGCAAAGGUUUUUUUUUAUUCUGUUUUUCUUUCGACUAGUCCGUUAACUUAAAUUGUCAUCUUGUUGCCAGUUUUUCAAGGUUAUCUCUCUUCCAGGUGGUCUGUGACUUACAUAGUUUCUUUUUUUGUUUGCCUAGGCUAUCCAUAACCUGGAACAUUUUGAUAAAUUGAAUUCUUGCCCAUUUAGAGGAAGUGCCAUGCAAACACACUUGUGUAAAGUGUCAAAUGCCGUUACUACUUUGGACACCUUUGUUGUUUUUUAUGUUUUGUAAAAAAGAAAAGAAAAUUCCCAAGCCUGUCUCGUGGCAUUUGUACAUAUUUUUUUUGGGUUCACUACCCUGUGUAUAUAUUAAAAAGUUUUUCUGAA